AAUUCAUUAUUAUUUUACCAAAAGUGGAGAAAUGGUUGAAUCCUUUUUAAACAAGAGAAGGGAAACAAAAUCCCAAAACCCAACAAAACAACAGCAAUCUUCUUCUUUGGCUUCACCAGAUUAUGGUUUUCUCUUCUAAUCCUUUAUCUCUAAGCGUUCCCGACCCCACCUUCGACACAUGGCUACGCGACUCCGGCUACCUCGAAAUUCUCGACCAACACUCCUCCUCCGCCGCCGCCGCUCCCUCCACCACCACCACCUCGACAACCACCACCACAACAACAGCCAUUGGCCUUUUCAUUUCAUUCUUUUCCCAUGCUCUAACACUCCUUUCUCUCUUCACUCUCAAUCCCUUUUCUAAACUCACCACUGAUGACUUCUCGGGUCCAACCCCUUCUUGGACCCGGUCGUUUUUCGCGGACCACGGAUCCUACUCGUUUCCGUCCGGGUUUGGACAGGCUAGGCUCCGGGUUAAUGAGAAUGUUAAACGUUAUGCAAGAAACUAUGCCUCUCUUUUCGUUCUCUUCUUCGUUUGUACUUUGUAUCAAAUGCCACUUGCUCUGAUUGGAAUGAUAUCAAGUUUGGCACUUUGGGAUAUUUUCAAGUUCUGUAGUGAUAGGUGGGGAUGGGAUCGAUAUCCGGUGAUUCGGCAAGUUAUGGUCCGUGCAGCUCAAUGUGUUGCUGCAGUUAUUCUGAUAUGUUUAAACGUUCAAAUGGCUCUGUUUUGUGCACUUGGUGUUAGUUAUACAGUUAUGAUCAUGCAUGCUGCAUUUCGAAAGCUGACUCCUGCAAGGCAACCUACGCGCAGUAGAUGAAGUAGAAAAGAGGCAUCAAUUUUGAUAUCUUCUGAUUGGUUUUUGGUAUGAAAAACCUGCUCAUCUACAAGAUAGUCUGGGGCAAGACUUUUGUUCAUUGAAACAUGAAACAUGAAGCAUGAUGUGAUUAUCCUGUUAUUUUGCAGUCCCACUCGUCAUGUGAAGCAAGAAAUGCCCAAUUGCUGAUAUUUUGGAUUCAGUUUUGAUCUUAGACACACAGCUCUGUAAAUUACGUAGCUUAAUAAGUUUUCAGGUGAAAAAAUAGUCAUCAAAGAUCUCAAGCUCCAUCAUCAUGAGAGCUCUAGUAAAAAAAAAUUUGUAGCCCUCUUUUUUUUGUUUUUUUCAAAUGAGAUAUUCAACUGUGGAGAUUUAAGCACAAGAAUUAUGUU